AUGCCCCUCAAAGACCUCCUCAGGGCCCGCUUCACCUCCGCCAUCCAGUCCAUCCCCCAGGGAUGGAAGAUCCUCGUCACAGACUACCACUCUCAGGCCCUCCUAGACACCGUCUACAAGCAGUUCGACAUCCUCCUGCAGAAUGUCACCUCUGUGGAACCACUUCACUCUCCUCGGCAGCAGAUGUCAGUCGACGCCAUCUAUCUCUUGACACCGACGCUGCAGAACGUCGACAGGAUCAUUGCCGACUUUAGCUUUGGGCGCACGACCUACAAGUCGGCCCAUGUUUAUUUCAUCGAUGGCGUCGACGAUGGGCUGGCUCAGAGGCUGACCGAGGGGAUGCCGCCUGGGAUUCUACAGGCUUUCGUCGAGCUGUACUGCAACUUUCAGGCUAUCGAGGACAGAGUCUUCUCCCUCAAUGCUCCGUGGUCCAUGUUUACCAUGUUCGGCAACCCCGGCGGUAUCUCGUCGUCCGACCUGUCCAAGGAAGCCUUUGAAGACGACGUCAAGGUGGCCGGGAGAUCCAUCCUCAAUGUUCUAGCAACCAUCAACGAAAACCCCCACAUCCGCUAUUACCAACCCUCCCACCACGCGCCUCUCGGUCCCCUAGCUUCCACCGCCCACCAGCCAGGCGCACCCUCCUCUUCGGCGCCUCAAAGACAGCCCCAAGGCGCUAGUCUCAGAUGGCGUUCAGCAAUGGGCGGCUCGAGCUCCAAGAGCCCGGGUGGCGUGCAAGGGGAGUACUUGAGUAAGAAGAUUGCCAUGCAGGUGCAAAGUGAUCUAGACGAGUACCUGCAAAAUAAUCCCGAGUUUCCCCCUGCUUCGGGCAGACCACGCGCGGUGCUGUUCGUGCUCGACCGCUCCGUCGACCCCGCCGCCCCGCUCCUGCACGAAUUCUGGUACCAAGCCAUGGCCAACGACCUCUUGAAAAUCACCGACGGCGUCCACUACAAAUACAAAUACACCAACACCGUCGGGGGGCAAGAGGAAAAAGUAGCGAAUCUGGACGAGGAAGACCCGGUGUGGUGCUCGGUUAGGCAUUUGCAUAUGAAGGAUGCGAUUGAUACGUUGAUGACGGAUUUCGGCAAGUUUGCGCAGGAGCAUGCGGGGUUUAGAGGGGGAGGGAACGUGAAUGUGAACGACCUGAAAGACAUGCUCGCGAGCUUGCCGCAAUUUCAGACACAAAGAGAACAGUUUUCAUUACAUCUCGACCUCGCGCAAGAGUGUAUGAACUUGUUUGAGAAGAAAAAGCUCAGUCAGGUGGCCAGUGUUGAGCAGCAGUGUUGUGCGACGGGACAUACGGCGGAGGGAAAGACACCCAAGACCGUGGUCGAAGAGAUGGUGCCCCUCCUGGACGACCGUCUCAACGUCACCUCGUUGGACAAGGUCCGAAUCAUCGCCCUGUAUAUCAUGUUCCGGGAAGGCGUCGCGGACGAGGACAGGCGCCGGUUGUACCAACACGCUAGAUUGUCCAUUUCAGAGCAGGACAUGGUCAACAAUAUGGUCAACCUCGGUGUCAAAAUUAUCAAGGACAACACCAGGACCGGCAAAGGCCGCAUCAGGCAAAAAGCCGCCGUAUCAGAGGGCGAAUACGAACUCUCCCGAUACAAACCCGCCGUCCAAAUCAUCCUCGAAGACCAAAAAGCAAACCGCCUAGACGUCGCCCAAUUCCCAUUCACAAAAGACCCACCUGCCGAGCUCCUCCCUUCUUCCUCGAGCGUCGGCGUGUCCAAUAACCCCUCGGGGAGUUUGAGGUCUGCCAGACCGACGUGGCAUAAAGCUGCGAGUCAGCGGGCGACGAAUACCGAGGGCAAGCAGCGAUUUGUAAUCUUUAUCGCCGGAGGGAUGACGUACAGUGAGAUGAGGUGUGCGUAUACCGUCGGGCAAGCGUUGGGGAAAGACGUUUACAUCGGUUCCACACAUGUAUUGACGCCAGAGAUCUUCUGUACCCAACUAAGAGCACUCGGGCGAGGAGGCGUGGGCGCAAACCCGCCGCAGCCAAUUCCCCUUCAUCCAGAAGGCCCUGCCCGUAUCAAUCGCGCUGAGCCUGGUGGAGCUGCCACAUAUCAAGAAAUCUUGAAUCAUCGCCACUGGCGUCCCCCCAUUGGUCCCCCGCCUCUCGCACCCCCACCCCAACCCGCCUCCACCGGAUCCAACUCUAAACUCAGCUCCAAAAAAUCCGGCCAGUCGAAUCUGUCAAACGACAUGUCUCAGCUUUCUCUCCAAUCUGGCUCUGAAUACGCCGGUAGUUUAACGGGAGGGGGGAAGAAGGAUAAGAAGGAUGGGGAGAAGAAGAAGAAGAAGCUGUUCGGGAUCAAGUUGUAA